CCCCCGCUACCCCCCGUUUUCGCUUGCGGAGGGCAGCCGCCCCCUGAGAGCAGCGCCGUGCUUUCUCUGGGGCACCUUUCGGUUUCGAUUCUCCCGCUAGCUCGAAGUUUCUGUUUCCUGCCCGCUCCCUGCCUGGGAGGGGGCUUCCUUUGGCUCCCGCGGGAGCCGGAGCCGAGCGGUGCCGCGGCCGAGGCGGGCGGCGCGGAGCCGGCCUGGCCAUGACGGCGGAGGAGAAGCGGAGCCUGCGGUGCUACCGGCGGUACAUCGAGAAGAGCCUGAACCCUGUCUACGUCCUGAGCAACAUGACGCCCUGGCUGUCCGACGAGGUGAAGGAGAGAGUCCGUAAGGAGGAGGAGAAGGGGGUGACGGCGGCCGCCGCGCUGUUCCUGGAUGCCGUCCUGCAGCUGGAGGCGGAGGGCUGGCUGCGGGGCUUCCUGGACUCCCUGGUUGCAGCAGGUUAUACUGGACUGGCAGAAGCAAUUGAAAACUGGGACUUCAGCAAACUGGAAAAACUGGAAUUGCACAGACAGCUGUUGAAGCGGAUAGAAGCAACAAUGCUAGAAGUUGAUCCAGUAGCACUCAUGCCCUACAUAAACACAUGCCUGAUAGAAAGGGAGUGUGAAGAGAUCCUGCAGCUUUGUGAAUACAGAAGCAAAGCAGCUGGGAUAACUAAACUCAUUGAAUGCCUCUGUCGAUCGGAUAAGGAAAACUGGCCGAAAAACCUUCAGCUGGCACUAGAUACCACAGGAUAUUACAAUGCAAGUGAGCUGUGGGAUAUGAGAGAAGAUAAUGGCAAAGAUGUUGAUGGUGAAAUGACAGAUGCCUUUGAGAACAGCUUUGAAACCAUGAUGACAUUUUCUGAAGAAGCAGAAUGUGAUAAUAAUCUCAGUGAAAAUCUCUGUUCAGCUUCAGAAGGGAUCUAUGAGUCUUCAUACGUUUGUGAACCAAAGAAGGCUCGGAGCUACCAGAUUGAACUUGCACAGCCUGCUAUCAAUGGGAAAAACACAUUGAUAUGUGCCCCAACAGGAUCUGGAAAAACUAUUGUGGCACUUAUGAUUUGUGAACAUCAUUUCGAAAACAUGCCCACAGGAAGAAAGGCAAAAGUUGUCUUUCUUGUAACUAAAGUGCCAGUGUACGAACAACAAAAAAAUUUAUUCCAGCAGCAUUUUGAAAGAAAUGGAUAUUCUGUUCAAGGACUUAGUGGUGAUACCGUUGCAAAUGUCUCUGUAGAAAAGGUUAUACAGGACAGUGACAUCAUUGUAAUGACACCCCAGAUUCUUGUGAAUAGCAUCAAGCAGCGGAUCCUUAGCUCCCUCUCCAUCUUCACUCUCAUGAUAUUUGAUGAGUGCCACAAUACCUUGGGCAACCACCCUUACAAUGUGUUGAUGACCACAUACCUGGAAGAAAAAUUUGACUCCCCUGCAAACCAGCUGCCUCAGAUUGUAGGUUUAACUGCAUCUGUUGGAGUAGGUAAUGCCACGACCAUCAUGGAAACGAUAGAGCACAUCUGCACCAUUUGCUCCUACCUUGACAUACAGACCAUAUCCACUGUCAGAGAGAACAAACAGGAUCUGCAGAGAUUCGGAAACAAGCCAGAAACAUCUGUCAGACAGGUUAAAAUGCGAGUUCAAAAUCACUUUGCAGACAUUAUCUCAGGUCUGAUGUCUGAGACAGAGGCGUUGAUGAGGAAGAUUUACUCAGUGGAUACUAUGUCUCAAAUCAGCAAGAAAGAUUUUGGAACACAGAAAUAUGAACACUGGAUAGUUUUCACUCAGAAGAAAUGCAAACUGUUGCAACUGGCGGAUAAGGAGAAGGAAAGCAGUAUUUGUAGAGACCUUUUCAUUUGCACUGAACACCUGCGGAAAUUCAACGAUGCUCUCAUUAUUAGUGAAGACGCCCGCAUCGAAGAUGCUGUAGCCUACCUAACUGAAUUUUUCACAAAUGUCAAAAAUGGACCGUAUACAGAGAUAGAGAAGCGACUGACAGCCAACUUUCAAGAGAAAGAACCAGAAAUGACUGCCCUUUCAAAAGAUGAAUCAAAUGAGAAUCCCAAGCUGGAAGAGCUUGCGUGCAUCCUGGAUGAAGCAUACCGCUAUAACCCACAGACUCGCACUCUUCUCUUUGCUAAGACAAGAGCCUUAGUAGCUGCUUUGAAGAAGUGGAUAGAAGCAAACCCUCUACUUAGCCACAUAAAGCCAGAAGUGUUGAUGGGUCGUGGAAGAAGAGAUCAAAAAACAGGUAUGACCCUCCCAAUGCAGAAGGGUGUGCUGGAUGCAUUCAAAACCAACAAAGAGAGCAAACUGCUAAUUGCUACAUCUGUUGCUGAUGAAGGCAUUGAUAUUUCUGAGUGCAACCUUGUCGUACUCUAUGAAUACUUCGGUAAUGUCACCAAAAUGAUCCAAGUCAGAGGUCGUGGAAGGGCAAAAAACAGCAAGUGCAUCCUUGUGACAAGCAAAGCAGAAGUGGUUGAGUAUGAGAAACACAACCGUUAUAAGGAAGAAAUGAUGAAUGAAGCUAUUGAAAGGCUACAGAAUUGGGAUGAAACAACAUUUGCAAGAAAGAUAUGUGACCUGCAAAUGAAAGAAAAGGCAUUACGAGAUUCCAGGAAGAAAGAUACAAGACCCAAGUUAGUGGAAGGGAAAAAAAAUCUUCUGUGUGGAAAAUGCAAAGCAUAUGCCUGCAGUACAGAUGACAUCAGAGUUAUACAGGAAUCUCAUCACACUGUCAUAGGAGAUGCGUUCAAGGAGCGUUAUAUAACAAAGCCUCACCAGAAACCCAUUCAGUAUGAUAGUUUCGUGAAAAAAAACAAGAUGUAUUGCCAAAAUACUAAUUGUCAGCAUGACUGGGGAAUCACAGUGAAGUACAAGAUGUUUGAUAAUCUACCAGUGAUCAAAAUCAAAAGCUUUGUACUAGAGAAUGUUGAAACUGGGACACAAAUGGAGUUUCAGAAAUGGAGAGAUAUUAAUUUUUCUUUGAAGAAUUUUGAUGUUGAAGAAACACCCAGCUGAACUCAGCAUUUUAGCGCAUGUAUCGGCCUACUGCACUAAACUGAAAUACUAGAUGAUCUAUUUCUGUGUAUAAAAAAUUCUUGCUUUUUAUGCUGUCUGAUAUACUAGGCCCCAUCAGCAUUUGGCUAGAUUAAAAAAGGCUCGUAUUGGCCACUAAAAAAUAUUUGCUCUCCGAUUAAAACUUUCACCAGAAGUUUUAAUAUAAGCAUGGACAAAUAUGUGCCUAAGCACCUAGAUCUUAAUGCUUGCAGCUAUGAAGAAGCUGGUCUGAAAAAAACAAAAUGAAGUUGAAUGACUAACUGAACAUCUAAUUUUAGGUGACAGGCCACAACAUCAUGCAUUUCUGUGUGAAUCAGAAUCUUCUUUGUUACUGGUAACUUCUGGUUGGAUUGUACCUGCAUGCAAACAACAUGGCAUAUGCAUGCUGAUGCUUUAAGCGCUAUUUUAGCUACUUUUAAAGCUUUUUAAAAAUAACCUUUAGUGCUCUAGGCAUUUUGGUAUAUAGAAAAUGAAGACUGAAUGUCCAGCAACUUUUCUCUAAGGAAGAUAUUGCAUCUUUUAAAUCCAUCCUUAGCAGAGAAUGUUUCUGCAACAGUUUGAGAAAUGCAGUAGGGCUUCACAAAUCCCUCCUUCCCUACCCAGAUCCCAGACUUCUCUCAGAAAAACAAAUUUCUACAACCAGUUAGUUAUGAAACCUUGUUUAACUUGUACACUGUAAAGCCCUUGCUGAUUCUACAGAUCUUUAACAAGCUUAAUCUUCAAUAUUUCUGGAACCAAGAUCAAUAAUGUUUUCAGUUCACUUUAUGCAUUUGGUAGUGCAGUAAGGUAGGUAUGUAGAAGGAUGGUGUCUGGAACACUUGAACUCUGAAUAAAACAAACCAUCUUGAACAGGAACCGUAACCUGGAGUCCAAAAAUUAUUUAAGUUACCUAAACCCUAGUCAGUGAGACUUGUGGUGUUCUUUUAAACAGUAUUAUCUGGUAUUAAAAGCAAAACAACUUUUUAAGCACUGCUUUGUGUUCCACCCUAGAGCACCCCUCUUACUAUGAAAGCUGUAUGCACUGUACAGGAAACCUGACUCUCACUCCUACAGUAACUUAACGCUGUGCUUAGUUUUUACCUAGUAAAUUUGGUGUUCUUAUAGCUGCUUCCAAAAAGGAAACACAAAAAUGGAUAAAGAUGAUUUAUGGUUGGAUAAUGCCUCCCCUCCAAAAAUAUUAGGAACAAAGAUUUUGAAAAAGGCAGGGGUAGCACUUUAAAAUUAAAAGUACAUGGAAAAAUCACAGUCCUUCAGUAUCAGUUUGCUGGGUGAAAAGGCCAUCUACUUUGGGACUCAUGGCAUAGAAAAUAAUUGGUCUUAAGUUUUACAGCUUAUAGUAAAAACUACUGGGAAGUUAAGGGAUUUGUACAGUUUUAGUCUUUUCCUAUUGUUUAAACACAAGGAGUAAAACAACUCUCCAGUUCAGCCUAAAUGACUGUAAUAAAGGUCAGUGAACUAA